AUGUCCGCACAGGUGCAGUCAGCGGGCAUUAAUAUUGCUGUUCAGCAACUGCCUCUUGCCGUUCAAGUUGUAUCAUUCACUCUUGUGGUGUACGAUCAUGCUAUGACAUUCGCUCAAGAAUUCAUGGUCACUGUCAAGAAUACUGUCCGACAGAUCCGAUACUUGGCUCUUGCGCAAGUUUGUCUUAAUGCUGUGACGACGAUGGGAGUAGCCAAGGUUCACUACGAUCUUGGAUUAACAGUCAUGAUUCUAUGCCAAUGUGUUAUAACAUUGCGAGUAUGGCAUCUGUUUCCUCGGAGUCGCUUCAUCAGAUGGUUGGCAGUCACUAUUUUCACCGCUUGCUUGGCAGGAGGUGCAAUAUUUGACGCCAUCAAGUAUAAUGCAAUCAAAAGUGCCGCGCACACGAACAAUGAUUCAAUAUCGGCACAGUGCCGCCGUACAUUUUCAUUCAUCCUCUACCUGCCGGCCUUGGUUGUCCAUACGACUAUGUUCUUACUCACGCUGUAUCGCUUUCGCGUUACCCCCAGAACCUUGCAGCAACACGGGAUGAUCCACCGAUUCGUCAAAGAGGGAAUGAUCUUGUAUUCGUUUGCAGCCGGUGAAUAUACCUCGAUUCUCUUCGUUUUGCAGAUGCUCAAGCAAAUAACAGGAUCGCUGCUGUACGAAAUUAUCAGUCUUUCUCUGAUUAAACCAGAGGACAUAUCCAAUUUUGGUUUAGGUGAUAUGGGAGAAAUAGCAAUGGCAGCUACGGCUGUCUCUAUCUGUCGCGCGAUGCUAAGCAUCCGGUGCUUGGCUGCAACUUACCAUGUCGAUCCGGCAUGGUUGCUCAACCAUGCAGAACUCAGUCGUGUCCAAUGGAGGAGAGGACACAAUGAAGGAGAAAUCUACGUUGAAGUCAGCGAGAUGGAUGUGGUUCUCCCAUUCAAAUCUGCGGUAUUACCUGUUGGGAAUAUCGGAAGAGAAGACGAGGUUCAAAAUCAUACCUAA